AUGGCAAGUUCUCCGCCAGAUUCUCCGGGCGGUUCUCAGGCCGGUUCUCCGGAAAGUUCUCCGGCACCUACUGGAGGGCAGUUGAUAAAUCAGUCUAUCCAGCGACUCCUGCGUGAAAACCGGGAGGUAUCGGCAGACGAGGCGGGAUCCCAAGCACGCGAGAACCAAGACCGGUCCUCCCUUCAGCAGGCGACCGACUUGCUCAAGGAGGGCGAUACUCUGAUUGUCAUCCGUUUCACCAGUGGCGAGAAGUAUAUCGACUGCGAUGGCAACGAGUGGACCUCAAAGGAACUCCGCAUGGAUUCCCAGACGCUUAUGGCUACAGGCUCAACCGUCUUUGCUCAUCUCUUCACCCCAGAAGAGCAAAAGAAGACGAUGCGCAGACUACGACUGGGGCCUUCAAAUCUGCCUUGCCGCUUCAUCCUGGACCUGACGCCGCUCAACGAAGGCGACGAGUGCGCAGCCAUGCUAAUGGAAGCCUCGCUUCCCAAAGCAGUCAUGCAGUGGUGGAUGACAUAUGACAGACUAGAGUUGUCACCAUACUUAGUCCUGGGCCAUGACGAUCAUUGCCCGCACCAUUACGAUGUUCCCAGCCUCUGUCAGAUAAAGCCUAGAGUGCUUGCAGAGGCAGGGGAGCCUACUGACUUGGACGAUCUCGUCAUCCCUGAGCCUCGCCGAAUUGCAGACUACUGCCCCAUGCGCCAUGCAGCCUGCAUCGUUCGCUUGCUCUUGCACCUCAAGCGCAAGGAUCUUGUGCUGAACUCAGCCGCGCGAAUGUACACGAUAGCAUACGUUGCACAGUCUCUUGACUGUCGCAGUGCUAUACAUGAUGAUGUCCUGGGCUGGCUCUUCUCUGACCCGAACAGUGACUUCAUUGACUUCCAUCCGGAAGAGGCGCUCAGAACUGCAUGGAUGCUACAAUCUGAAGACCUCGCUCGGUCUGCCUUUCGGAUUCUCGUUGCAGAGAGAGCAUUGAAGGUUCUUGGCGCAGCUGCUGACACUGGCAAAGACCUCUCCGUGUUUGGUCGUCCUAGCGCUGCUGUCACCGAAGAGCAGGCUACGUGCAUAGAGCAUGCUGGAAACUCUCUGGCAUUGAGAGUCCAAGCCGAGGUCGCAAGACUCAGGUCUGACCAAAUUUACGAGUGGCUGCACAUUGACGAGUGGAAGAAGCUGAAGAACAUCGAGAGUGCCUUGAGUCUACUCCAGGCCAACCCUGCACCCUUCGAACAUUAUGUUGUCGAAACCGCGGCCCAGAGAAAGAGCACAAUCAAAGAAGUUCUGCGUCAGCUUCGGUCCCUGUCAGCGGCACUGCUGCGGUACAUGCGCAGUGCUGUGACGGACGCUCUGCUCUUCGAACCAGUCAUGUCGAGCUUUGACAAAGCCCGCAAAUAUUAUGUACCGCGACAUCGGUUCGAGCGUACAUCGACGAUCUACAAGGGGCUCUCCGACACACAACAUCUCAUGAUAACUAGCUUCUGGGAUCGACUGGCCAGCUUCACUUCUCGACGGGAUGCACUGGACUCACAGCUGACUGGAUUUGCGGACGAGUUCAACAAUGUGUUACAGCAAGCAAUCCACGACAAUCCUGGCUUCGUUCAACUCUGGGAAAUGGCUGCUAUCUACGGCAACGAGUUUCACUUGGCCCAUUUCCAUGAAGAGCUUGCUACAGCCAUGGAUUCUCUCUGCGGUGCCUGGAGCCGCCCUAACAUGGAGAUCUCCCUACUCAGAUCACAACACCUUUCGUUGGCCUUGGUCGAGGACGAGUUCAAAUUCCUUCCUCUUUGGGCCGGAGGUGCAGACGAUGGAACAGGAGCUGUCUAUCAGCAAGCGAUACCCGACGCACUGACAGGUGUGCCCAUCGGACCGGGACCAGCUUUCCGCACAGGCGAAACCAUUGCGACCGAUAUUAGCAGUAUCGCCCAGUCGCAGGCAACGGCCACAGGCACCGAAACUGUGACGUGCGGCCACUCAUUGGCCGCUGUUCAAUCUACAACGAUUGAACACGCAACGUCAGAGGUCGGAUCGCUGCCUACCGGCGUUGACGCUAUAGCCUCCCAGGAAGAUAGACACAUUAACGAUUUGUCAGCUUCUUUCUCUGUCAUCUCGAUGGGCGAUGCUACGACAGGUGCUGGAAAAUCGCUCAACGAGGAUGUCGAGCUCGAGGCAGCCUUGUCCCGGUCACUCGGAGACGCCAGCUGCCCUGCCGAGUCGUCUGACGACGACGAUAGUUGGUUAAUGACGGAUGAGGACGAGUUUUAG